AUGGUCUUACCAAAAACGAUUUGUCCUCCGUCACCUCUUGAUCCCCUCUUACUUCUUCCCAUUCCCACCACACUCCCUUCGUCUCCUAUAGGAGAUCUUGAUCCCCUCCUAUCGUCAUUACAAUCCCACCUUGAUUCCUCUUCAGACUCGCACAUACCCAUUACGGCACUCACCUCAACCAUAAGGCAAAUCACAAGGAAGUCACAGAUACUUUUAAAUGCAGCUAGAGCUGGUGCAGCACAAGCUAGAGAUGAGCUAGAUAAGGUAGAUGAGGAAUUAAGAGGUGUGGAGUACGAAAGAGCAAGAGUCGGUGACGAGAUUCUGAGAUGUAGUGAAUAUGCACCUGCAUACGAAGAAAUGGAUUUACCUUCCCCGGAGGACUUCUUGGCACAAGCUGAUGAGUCUGUUCUAAAAACUCUACCGUCAAAAGACAGUGAAGAUUACGAGCAUGAAUUGACUAUAGCUAGACUCGAACAAGAAUUGAAAGAGAUUGAAAAGCGAGAAGUUCAGGUUGCUCAAUUAACCAAGGAUCGAGAUAUACUGAUUAGAACCAAGAAAGAGAUCAAGCUGAGAUUUGAUGCUGUUGAUAUACAUCUAGGUGGAUUCGCAAGGUCCGCCAAUGCAGUUGCUAGUAAACUCAAAGAUGUCGCUGAGCUCCCAACGUCUGCGCCAGUAAUCGCUGGAUCACCAUUAUCGGUUUCUCAGGAGCUGGCAACUUCCACUUCCACAUAG